CGGGCCAAGCCACACUCUGGGACAUGUAUAUAAGCGGGGGUUUCGUCCACUUGACGUCCCCCCUCGCUUGAUCUCGUUCCAGCGUCGAGCACCACCCUGCACCCUACUCACGUAUAAUUCAGCGAUACACCUAUCCUUUCCCUUUUCUAGACUAGUACCACCUACCAGUGCCACCAUGUUCUCCACACUCCUCUCCGUCUUUGCCGCCGCGAGCGUCGCACUCGCCUCCCCGCUUGCACCACGCACCGGCGCCUGGUGCUCGGGUCUCGGGAUCACGUACGACACAGCGUCCAAUUUCACGCUCACCGCACUCAACACGACGCUCCCGAACGCCAACUCGACCGGCGUGCCACUCGUCGCCGGGCAGAACGGCGCGACGGACGGUGCCGAAUUCGAAGUGCUCUCGACGUGGGCGACCUACCCGUACCUCGACUUCCCGACGAUGUCGCUCAACGCGGGUGCCCUCGUGCCGAACUCGGCGAACGGUGUGCCGUCGUAUGACAUGGCCGCGGUCGCGGGGCAGCCGCUGCAGUUCUUCACAACCUCCGAGUCGCCGUCCGGGGAGGCGGCGCAGAUCUACUGCGCGAUUGUGGACACGGACCCGGACUUCGAGGGCCCGCCGACGCUCGCGGUGAACGGCGAUGCGGACAACUUUGCGCUGUGCAUGAACGGCGACGGCCCCUACGCGCAGAACAACGUCGUGUGGCGCCCGACCUCGGACAACAACGGCAUGUACCUGUACGAGACGUGCUAUAACGUCACGCUGCAGAUUGUUGGUGGGAAUGCGUGAGGGCUGUAGCCGGGGGUGAUCAAAAGUAUUGGACAGUCGGACUGCCUGAACGGACUGAGAAGUGGACGCUGUAAAAGCUUCCUAGACAUGGACACUGCGAUCUCGGGAUUGAGAUGGACUUCGAACUCUAUAAUAGAACCCGGACUGUAUGGACUACCGACACCCGGACAAUAGC